AUGGUUAAGUUCGUAAAAUACAACAUUCCCCAUAUCAAACAAAGAUUCGACUGGGAUUGCGGCAUAGCCUGCGUUUUGAUGUUGUUGUCAGAAAAGCAGAGAAAUUAUUUUAAUAAACAUUUUUUUGAAAUAUGUCAACAGGAGGGAUUUGGUACUAAUACUUGGACAAUUGAUAUAUCGUAUUUAUUAAAACGGUUUGACGUCAAUCAUCGCUUUUACACUACCAGACGUGCUCCUAAUUGUAAAGCUGGUAGCAGCGGAAACAGGGUGACUAUAAAUGAUGCAGAUCGCGUCAAAAUUAGAUUUGUCAAGGCAGCCGCUAAUGACAUUAUCAUCGUUGACGGCGCUCUCUCCACAAAGGCAUUAAUGGACCACGUAGCCAGAACUGGACCAGCUCUGGUGCUUGUAGACGAAGCCUUAUUGUCCUGCGACUUGUGUAAACAUAACAAGCUGUCUUCUGAAAUUAGGCGUGUUUUCGGUGGCCGAUAUCGCGGCCACUACGUGUUGGUAGUGGAGGUGGUGAGUUUUCCUGGGGGAGGCUGCAAGUUGCUGUACCGUGAUCCAGCUCGAUCGGCAUCGAUCUGCGCCACAACACCACGAAGAUUGAAUGCUGCUAGAAUGCACAUCAUGUUGAAAAGCACAGCAUUGAAUGAAAAGUACUACGGACUAGUGGAGAACGUAUCUAUUCCUGCCACUCUGCACGAAUAUAAUGGUAAACCAUAUUCAAAGGUGGGGAAUGCAAUGCCUAUACAUUGUGCUACGCAGGAGGAGAAAGAGUUGCUAUCCAAGACGACGCACCACUACUGUGACCUGUUCACGGACAAGCUGUUCGCGCCGCUGGAAGAACUUGUGUUUGUCAGACUCGACGAGAACAAAGCCGAAAAGGUGUUCCUGAACCGUCAUAAGCGUUUGUUUCUGACAUCAAGUGACGGUGUGGUGGCCAGCUGGCGGUGUGCCCCGACCUUGGAGUCUCUUAACAAGUUUAUGGCUGGAACUCCGUUGGUGGGACGUGACGGUCAGGUGGUGUCACUGUUGACGGCAAAACAUGGAAACCACUAUGCUGUCUCCCACUUAGAGGGUGAUGGCGGCUACUUUGAAACAUCCAAGCCUUGGGAGAUAAAAGACAUGGAAGAAGGCCGUCUUUAUUACGGGAAUAAGUCCUUUACCAGUCGCGAUGAGCUGAGAGCUUACGUUCAGAACCUGCCUCCUCUAGAUGUGAACUCAACUGCCCCGCCGCAACCUAUACUAUUGAGAGGCAAAAAACCCAGGAUCAUUUUAGUUGCCGAGAACGGGAGACAAAUAUCACAUCAAUAUAUCUCCUCCAACUUGAUAACCGAUGUUGAAUAUUUGUAG